AUGACUAGUCUUGUAACCCCGGCGCUCCGCCACAUUCACCUCCCGGGGAUCGUCCCUUAUUCAAUCGCUGCUCGCAUCCAGGAACGACUCGUUGCACGUUUCCUCGCCUCGAAGCCACCUUCGAAUGCACCUGCGCCUGCACCACACAUCAUAACAGCCCAAUUCAGCCCCGUCUACACCUGUGGAAGAAGAGAGGUGGGAACGGUAUCAGCUGAGCAACAAGAGUUCCUCUGCGCAAAUGGGCGUGCCGAGUUCGUAGAAGCCCUGAGAGGAGGCCAGACCACGUUCCAUGGGCCUGGCCAGCUCGUCGCAUACCCCAUUCUCGAUUUGCGCACGCACAAACUUACCCCGCGAACAUAUGUUUGCUUAUUGGAGAAGAGCCUGAUUGCUACAUGUGCCAUGUACGGUAUCAAGACUAUGACUACGGAGCAUACAGGCGUGUGGACGUCUCCCGAUGAUAAGAUUGCAGCGAUAGGAGUGCAUAUGAGAAGGAACGUAACAAGUCAUGGCGUUGGCCUUAAUGUGAAUACCGAUCUGUGGUGGCUUGACAGGAUUGUGGCCUGCGGUUUAGAAGGAAAGAGAACGACGAAUUUCCGCAAACAAGGGAUCGAAAACGGAGACGUCGGUGCAGUGGGCAAAGAAUUCGUGCGUGAGAUCGGCGAGCGACUACAUGGUGUGGAAUACAUUGAAAUGGUGGAAGAGGCAGAGGUGGAGGAUUUGCUGACAGCAUGA